CUAUGCAGUGCUAGUGGUGGGGUGGAAUGGUUGGGAAGGGGCCGCGGCAGCUGCCAGUAUUUCUGAAAGAAGUACGGCUCUGGACUGAAAGAAGCAAUGGAGGACGACGUUGCGGACUCGCCCGUGAGCCUCGAUGGAGAGGGAAACGAUGACGACCGCUCUGAGGAUGAGCCGAUGGGCGGGGAGAGCGGAGGCGCCGGCAGUGCCGGCGGAGGCGGAAAGACGAAGACGCCGGCACGACGGGGAAAGGCACGGCUCAACUAUCUGGCCUCUCACAAGGUGAUCGAGAAGAAGAGACGAGAUCGAAUCAACAAUGCUCUCGCAACUCUCGGGCAAAUAGUGCCGGACUGUGCACAACUGGCUAGCAAGAAGCUAGACAAGGCACUGACCUUGGAGAACACCAUCCACUAUAUCGAGCGCAUUCACUCCGGCGCAAUGCCAGGCCUCAGCAAGCCACGUGGUGCUGCAGUCAAGCAGGUUCUGGAGAAUGUCUCCCGCUGGGUGUCGGACAACUGGAGAAGCUACAGCAGCACCGAGGAGUUUGCCCACAUCCUUCAGCGCAACUUGAUGUCGCUGAUUGACGAAGAAGCUGGGACGGCGGCCAAGGCAAUCAAGAGAGAAAACGACGGUUCACAGAUGCCCGCACCAUCAGUAUUGCUUGGUACUGCUGUCCUACCGCAAAUGCAGUUGGGAGGGGGUGCCUCUCACUAUGAUGGUCGACCACCGCAGCUUCUUCCUGUCGUUCCGCCGUCGCAGAGUGGCCUGAACACUGCUGCCGCUCUCUUUCCAGCCCAGCUUAGGCCACCUUCCACAGAAGCGGUCGAGAAUCAGAUCAUGUGGUCUCAACAGCAGCAGCAGCAGCAGCAACAACAACAACAGCAGCAACAACAGCAGCAGCAGCAGCAUCAACAGCAACAACAGCUCAUCCUCCAGCACAACCUCAUCCACCAGCAGAACGCAGCCGCCGCGGUGGCUGCUGGCUACACGCCGUUCCUGGGCACGAGCAGCGCCGUGCCGAUCACAAUGGCACACCCGUACAUGACGUCCGUAUCAGCACCGGGCAGCGCGGGUCCGCACACCGUCGACGGCUCCCUCUACAACCAGCAGGCGCUGGCGGCGGCUGCGGCGGUGGCGGCACAGCACUCGCCCGCCAUCACGGCCAACGCGGGUACCGCACCGGCAAGCAGCGGUGUUGACGUCUGGCAGUCACCGUCAGCAGCAGCCGCGCAGAAACAGCCACAGUCAUCCGGCGGUGGUGGAGGGCGGCCGCAGGUGACCUUCAGCAGCACGGUGACGGUGAGCAGUGGCGACGAAAAGCGCCUGGCGCGCCGUCCCGAUCACAUCAUGCUGGGCCCGAGCAUCCAGGCAUCGGCGGUGGCCACGCCGUCCGGGUUCAGCACGGUGAGUACGCCCCGCGGCGCCAAUACGCCCGGCGCCGACGACAUCCUGGACAUGCAGUCGCCGCACGUCACCAAGCCGUUCCCGUUCAGCGGCUCAAACUCGACGCCGAACCGAGCCGCAAACUACCGCCAGAAGCAGGCGCCGACCAUGCUGAACCUGGAGCAGGGCGACUCUCUUCAGCUGCCGCCGAACUUCAACGCGGCCAGCACCGCACCCAUCACUCCGCAGCGCCAGAGCCUGGCUAACUCUCUCCUGCAGCUCUCCGGACAGACUCAGUUCAGCGGAGCGGCGGCAGCGGCAGGAGUUAGUCGGCAGGAGGACACCGAAGCGCUGCUAUCACCGGUGGCAACAACCGUCGACGAUGCUCUCAGAACCCUGCCCAGCGACCCGCAGCUGCUGAUGAGCGCGCGCAGCUUCCGCGAGCAGCUCAUGCAGCAGUUCUCGCCGCCAUUGCAGGAUCCCCUGCAACCGCCUGGCCUGCAGCUGUCCCUGGGCAAUUCCGCUGCUGGCGGCAAUGGUGGUGUGGAGGCGGAAACACCAGCCGGCAUGCCCAUGUUGACCAAGGACAAGCGCUCGCUUCCACUCGCCAGGCACCUGGACCCGGGCAAUGGCGACGACGCGGACUGGGCUAUACGGCACGCUCAAGCUGCUGCACAGUCGUCGGCAGCGGGCGCUGGCCAGCAGCAGGACGAGGACUCGCAGCCGAGCAGCCAGGAGACGGUCGGCACACCGCGCCAGGCCGAGCCCGCAAAGUCCCUUCUGCUGCUGGCCCGGCAGGCCGACCUGACGGGGUCGAAGACAUCGAACACGUAGCGACGACAGCGACAACCGACCGUGCUCCGCGGGCAAUCCUGGACAUACUAACUGAGCGGGUCAGAAUAGAAUACGAGCAACGCCAAUGGAAGGAGAUUAUCAUGGGUUUGUGGCCAGGCCUCAGCUUGCACUGAAAUUCACUUCGGACAAUAGAUCUUUAUAUGUGGUGUAUACACACAGGUAAUAGAUAUAGAAGACGAGCAGCAACAGAAUUGUCUAAUUGGUGAGGAGUCUACUGGACCGUGUACACAACUACUUGUAUAUUUUCAAUUUAAUACGUGAAAGUAUGGCUGGUGCUCUGACAACUCACACUGUUCACACCACUCCACUUGAACCUAAAACGACGCACGCCAACCUCGUAAUGACAUUACCCAUGCAUGCAGUGCAGGUAAUACACAUAGUGUGAUACCAUGUAGGAUAGGAGCUAUUGUUACGAAGAAAUUUCAUAUCCACGGCUCA